UUGCAUUCAUUUAUCAAUCAAAAGGCGGCAGUGCAAGUGCAGUGAAAUUACGCAUGGUUGUAAGGUGGCAGACAAGUUAGAGGAAACACUUAGUGGUAGCUAGCAGAUCGUGAAGCGGCACAGAUUUUCUUUCACUUCCUACUUGCUCGGGCGACGAACUUGUUGUGGUUAGUUUGGUGCCAACUAGGCGCGGAAAAUGAAAAUUAUAUUGUGGUUAAUUGGUUUGGUGGCGUUAGUUCUCGAGCUAACGUACGCGGAACCCGAUCCAGCAGCAGCAGCGGAAGUUCGGAAAACUCGUCACCCGUCACCAUCGAGUGCACCUACCGGUUACAAUUCAAUAUCGGCCCCUGAUAGUGAGACCUUGAGUAAACUUCAGAACCAAGUGGCACCACCGGGACAAAUUUCGUUGAAACCGAUAAUCAAGACGUCUGAUGUUUCUCCGUCCUAUAUUGGAACUUCAAGUCAACCGUUAAGUGCCCAUGUAUCCAACACUGGGAAUCAAAAUAUUGCUGGUCAAUACUAUAUGGCGGUGACCCCUCACGGCGCUGGCAAUCAGAUGUUGGCUCCAGCAACUACGCCAUUGAUUAUGCAAUACAUCAAUCCACAGGGACAACCAACCGGAGGACUUCAGUACAUACAACUGCUACGACCCAUUCUCUACCCAUACAACGCCCAAUACGCCCAACCAUCAUACGUUCAACAGCAGCAGCCAUCCGCCAUCAACCAGCACCAGCAAAUGCACCACCCACAUACCCUAUCCCACUACUCCACCCUUCCCUCACCAACAUCUCCGCCCAAUUCGCCGCCAAGCACUCAGUCCAGCUUCGUUCCCUUCCAGCCAUCUUCGCUGGCGCAAUAUGGAACCGCCGCCACCACCGCUAGUCAUCAUCUGCAAUCCCCGUUAGCCUACAGUCAACCCGUCGGUCAGUAUUCGAGUCCUGUGGUGUCCUACUACCCAUCCAGAAUUUCACUACUUAACUCGCCCGGAGACAUGAGUCUCAACACUAACGAAUAUAUGCCUCCACCGGGGGAUCAUGUCUUUAUCAAGGGCGUCAAGUCCAUUAGAGCUUAGGUUACCGACAAGGAAGAGCUUGGUUGUGAUCUCAACUCAUCACCAACAUUAUUAUUGACCACCAGUCGAUAGUAGAUUUGAUUGGCUAUAGUACUACAAGAUUGGACACACUGUAAUUGCACUUCCCAUCAUUGGAUUUGCCAAAACCGAACGUCGCGUGAGGAACGAGUGAAUGAAAAUUUAUAGAAACCUUAAAAAAUUACUAACAAAACAACUAAUCGUUUAGUAUAGUGUUCUUGUUAAACUGUGCUGUUAACUAAUAUUUAUGAUACCAUUCACCAUCAUGACGGAAAUUGAGAGCUGUUCCAUUGAGCAUUGAUCCAUACUGUUGUCUAAAAUUUUACGAAGAUGCCGAGAAACCCCAGUAGAAAAGAAUUGAAUAAAGGAUUUGCCGUCGAAUUUAUAUUAUCUCAGACUAAAUAAUUGCUAAAGUCAAAUUGAUCAAGUUUGUACGGUUAUGUUCAAUCAAUAUUGCUUGAUAAUUAUUUAGAAAACCGGCAAAGGACGAAAAUGUUGAAAACUGAAAACAAACUAAAAUAAAAUUGCGCAAUUAAAGUAAUAGCUAACGAGAGUCCUUGGUGCAGUUUGUUUUAAACAACCGCUCUCUGUGUCUUAAUUAAAUUUAAUUUGUAUUUUGAGUUCUCAAUUUAUUGUAAUUUGAAUUCUCAAUUUAUUGGAAAUCAAACAAUGCAAAGUAAGAGAUAAAUGACCAAUCGCUGCUAAGCUCUUAUGACAAAUAUUACCAAGAUGUACUGAAUGCUAAUGAUUUGUAAAUAUUGAAUUAUAUUUUAAACAAAUCUAAAUUCUUAUUAACUGAGCAAAUUAACAGAAUGGUGAAAAAUUGAGUACACGAGAACAUUAUUGAUUAACGAAUAACAAAGGCCAUUAGAGAGUAUCCAGAAACCAAAUUUUGUUUUGAACAAGCUCACUGAAUUCUUCCCUAAUAUCAAAGUACAAAUGGCGACGUUUAGCAACAAAAACUUGAAUGUUUUUAAUUUUGAAUUCUAUGUCUAAUCAUCUCGAGCACAUGUAAUUUUAGAAAAUAUUUAACGAUGAGCAACUAAUAUUUAAGUGACCAUUAUUUUUAAAUAAAUUGCAAAUACAUGUAAAU